UCGGCUCCAGUCGGGAGAAGCGCCGGCCGGCGGCCGCUGUGCCAUUCCUAUUAUCCAAGAUGGAGGUCGGCCGUCGCUGCGCGUCCGUGCGGGUGUCCCGGUAGAGCGCGGCGCAGCCCCACGGCGGAGCGCUUCGGGUUUUUUUUCCCCCCCUCCCGCUUCUUGACGCUUUGGACGAACGAGGGAAGGAGUGGGGGAAAGGGGGGAGCGGCUCAUCGGGAUUUCGGUUCUUGGUCCGGGUGCCAGCCAUGAGCUCCGGGGAGGGAGCGGAAGAAUCGGGGAAGGACGGGGCCGACGUCGCGGCGUUCUUCAAACCCGGGUUUCGCCGAAAUGAGGAGGUGAAGGCGGUGGAAGUGCUGCCCAUCCUGAAGGAGAAGGUUGCCUUCCUCUCAGGGGGCAGGGACCGGCGCGGAGGUCCCGUCUUAACGUUCCCAUCUCGGAGUAACCAUGACAGAAUACGACCGGAGGACCUGCGGCGGCUCAUCGCCUACCUGGCCGGGAUCCCCAGUGAGGAUGUGUGCAAACAUGGCUUCACCGUCAUCGUGGACAUGCGGGGGUCAAAGUGGGACUCCAUCAAGCCUCUGCUGAAGGUCCUGCAGGAGUCCUUCCCCAGCUGCAUCCACGUCGCACUCAUCAUCAAGCCCGACAACUUCUGGCAGAAGCAGAGAACCAAUUUCGGCAGCUCCAAGUUCGAGUUCGAGACCACCAUGGUGUCCCUUGAGGGCCUCUCCAAGGUGGUGGACCCCUCCCAGCUGACCCCAGACUUCGAGGGCAGCCUGGACUACAACCACGAGGAGUGGAUCGAGAUCCGGGUCGCCUUCGAGGACUUCACCAGCAACGCGUCGCGCAUGCUCGGCCGCCUGGAGGAGCUACAGGAGACGCUGUCCAAGAAGGACUUCCCGCAGGAGCUGGAGGGGGCCCGGCGCAUGAUCGAGGAGCACUCCAGCCUCAAGAAGAAGGUGAUCAAGGCGCCCAUCGAGGAGUUGGACGCCGAGGGCCAGCGGCUGCUGCAGCGCAUCCAGAGCAGUGCGAGCAGCCAUGCCGGGUCAGGCUCCGCCAACGCCGACACGCAGGGCCUGGUGCCCAAGAUCACCGCCCUGCUGGACAAACUGCACUCCACGCGCCAGCACCUGCAUCAGCUGUGGCACGUGCGCAAGCUGCAGCUGGACCAGUGCUUCCAGCUGAGGCUUUUCGAGCAGGACGCCGAGAAGAUGUUCGACUGGAUCAUGCACAACAAGAGCCUGUUCCUGGCAGGCUACACGGAGAUCGGGACCAACCACUCACACGCCAUGGAGCUUCAGACGCAGCACAAUCACUUCGCCAUGAAUUGCAUGAACGUCUACGUCAACAUCAGCCGCAUCGUGUCGGUGGGGAACCGGCUGCUGGAGUCGUCCCAUUACGCCUCGCAGCAGAUCAAGCAGAUCUCCGGGCAGCUGGAGCUGGAGUGGAAGGCCUUCGCCGCCGCCCUGGACGAGCGCAGCACCCUGCUGGAGAUGUCCGCCGUCUUCCACCAGAAGUGUGAUCAGUACAUGUCCAAUGUGGACUCCUGGUGUAAGGCCUGCGGCGAGGUGGACCUGCCCUCGGAGCUUCAGGACCUGGAGGACGCCAUUCACCACCACCAGGGCCUCUACGAGCACAUCACUGCGGCCUACUCGGAGGUAAGCCAAGAUGGCAAGGGCCUACUGGACAAGUUGCAGCGCCCCCUGACCCCGGGCAGCGCCGACUCGCUCACCGCCUCCGCCAACUACUCCAAGGCGGUGCACCACGUGCUGGACGUCAUCCACGAGGUUCUGCACCACCAGCGGCAGCUAGAGAACAUCUGGCAGCACCGCAAGGUCCGGCUGCACCAACGGCUGCAGCUCUGCGUCUUCCAGCAGGAUGUGCAACAGGUGUUGGACUGGAUAGAGAACCACGGCGAGGCCUUCCUGAGCAAGCACACAGGGGUGGGCAAGUCACUGCACCGUGCCCGUGCCCUGCAAAAAAGGCACGAGGAUUUUGAGGAGGUGGCCCAGAACACGUACACCAACGCCGACAAGCUGUUGGAAGCCGCGGAGCAGCUGGCCCAGACGGGCGAAUGCGACCCGGAGGAGAUCUACCAGGCCGCCCACCAGCUGGAGGACCGCAUCCAGGACUUUGUGCGGCGUGUGGAGCAGCGCAAGGUGCUGCUGGACAUGUCAGUGUCCUUCCACACGCACGUCAAGGAGCUGUGGACCUGGCUUGAAGAACUGCAGAAGGAGCUGCUGGAUGACGUGUACGCAGAGUCAGUGGAGGCCGUGCAGGAUCUGAUCAAGCGCUUCGGCCAACAGCAGCAGACCACCCUGCAGGUCACCGUGAACGUCAUCAAGGAGGGCGAAGACCUCAUCCAGCAGCUGAGGGAUUCGGCCAUUUCCAGUAACAAGACGCCCCACAAUAGCUCAAUCAACCACAUUGAGAGCGUCCUCCAUCAGCUGGACGAGGCGCAGGGCCAGAUGGAGGAGCUCUUUCAGGAGAGGAAGAUCAAGCUCGAGCUCUUCCUGCAGCUGCGCAUCUUUGAGCGGGAUGCCAUCGACAUCAUCUCAGACCUGGAGUCUUGGAAUGACGAGUUGUCGCAGCAGAUGAAUGACUUCGACACAGAGGACCUGACGCUGGCCGAGCAGCGGCUGCAGCAUCACGCCGACAAGGCCCUCACCAUGAACAACCUCACCUUCGACGUCAUCCACCAAGGCCAGGAGCUGCUACAGUACGUCAACGAGGUGCAGACCUCUGGCGUGGAGCUGUUGUGUGACCGGGACGUGGACAUGGCCACUCGGGUGCAGGACCUGCUGGAGUUCCUCCACGAGAAGCAGCAGGAGCUGGAUGUGGUUGCCGAGCAACACCGCCGGCACCUCGAGCAAUGUGUGCAGCUGCGCCAUCUGCAGGCUGAAGUCAAACAGGUCUUGGGCUGGAUCCGGAAUGGGGAGUCCAUGCUGAACGCUGGGCUGAUCACCGCCAGCUCCCUGCAAGAGGCGGAGCAGCUCCAGAGGGAGCACGAACAGUUUCAACACGCCAUCGAGAAAACGCACCAGAGCGCCCUCCAGGUGCAGCAGAAGGCAGAAGCCAUGCUGCAGGCCAACCACUACGACAUGGACCUGAUCCGCGAUUGCGCCGAGAACGUGGCCUCCCACUGGCAGCAGCUCAUGCUGAAGAUGGAGGACCGUCUGAAGCUGGUCAAUGCUUCUGUGGCCUUUUACAAGACCUCUGAGCAGGUGUGUAGUGUGUUGGAGAGCCUGGAGCAGGAGUACAAGCGUGAGGAAGACUGGUGCGGAGGAGCCGACAAGUUAGGGCCCAACUGUGAGACGGACCACGUGACACCUAUGAUCAGCAAACACCUGGAGCAGAAGGAGGCCUUUCUGAAGGCUUGCACCCUUGCCCGGCGCAAUGCUGACGUCUUCCUGAAAUACCUGCACAGGAACAGCGUCAACGUGCCUGGGAUGCUGAGCCACGUGAAGGCACCCGAGCAGCAGGUUAAAAACAUCCUGAAUGAGCUGCUUCAGAGGGAGAACCGGGUCCUCCACUUCUGGACCAUGCGCAAGCGCCGGCUGGACCAGUGCCAGCAGUACGUGGUGUUCGAGCGCAGCGCCAAGCAGGCCUUAGAGUGGAUCCACGACACCGGCGAGUUCUACCUGUCCACUCACACCUCUACCGGCUCCAGCAUCCACCACACGCAGGAGCUACUGAAGGAACACGAGGACUUCCACAUCACAGCCAAGCAAACCAAAGAGCGAGUAAAACUGCUGAUACAGCUGGCCGAUGGCUUCUGUGACAAGGGGCACGCCCACGCCAUGGAGAUUAAGAAAUGGGUUACCGCUGUGGACAAACGCUACCGGGACUUCUCCCUGCGCAUGGACAAAUACCGCUCGUCCCUGGAGAAGGCGCUGGGCAUCUCCUCAGACUCCAACAAGUCGAGCAAAGACCUGCAGCUGGACAUCAUCCCAGCCAGCGCCCCAGGGUCAGAGGUCAAGCUGCGGGACGCGGCCCAUGAGCUUAAUGAGGAGAAGCGCAAGUCGGCCCGCAGGAAAGAGUUCAUUAUGGCGGAGCUUAUUCAGACGGAGAAGGCCUACGUGCGGGACCUGAGGGAGUGCAUGGACACCUACCUGUGGGAGAUGACCAGUGGCGUUGAAGAGAUCCCCCAAGGAAUCGUCAACAAGGAGCACAUCAUCUUUGGGAAUAUGCAGGACCUCUAUGAGUUCCACCACAACAUAUUCCUGAAGGAGCUAGAGAAGUAUGAGCAGCUACCAGAGGAUGUGGGUCACUGCUUCGUCACCUGGGCCGACAAGUUCCAGAUGUACGUCAAUUACUGUAAGAACAAACCGGACUCCACCCAGCUGAUACUGGAGCACGCUGGGAGCUACUUCGACGAGAUCCAGCUCAGGCACCGCCUGGCCAACUCCAUCUCCUCCUACCUGAUCAAGCCGGUGCAGAGAAUAACCAAGUACCAACUGCUGCUCAAGGAGCUCCUGACGUGCUGUGAGGAGGGUAAAGGGGAGAUCAAGGAUGGCCUGGAGGUCAUGCUGAGUGUGCCCAAGCGUGCCAACGACGCCAUGCAUCUCAGCAUGCUGGAAGGCUUCGAUGAGAACAUCGAGUCUCAGGGCGAGCUCAUCCUUCAGGAGUCCUUCCAGGUGUGGGACCCAAAGACCCUCAUCCGCAAGGGCCGCGAGCGCCAUCUCUUCCUGUUUGAGAUGUCCCUGGUCUUCAGCAAGGAGGUCAAGGACUCCAACGGCCGCAGCAAGUACAUCUAUAAGAGCAAGCUCUUCACCUCAGAGUUGGGGGUCACGGAGCACGUUGAGGGAGACCCCUGCAAAUUUGCCCUCUGGGUAGGACGGACCCCAACUUCUGAUAAUAAGAUUGUCCUAAAGCCGCUAAGUCAGGGCAGCAAACACAGCACCAUGGCCUCCAGCAUCGAGAACAAGCAGGACUGGAUCAAGCACAUACGGGAGGUGAUCCAGGAGCGCACCAUCCACCUCAAGGGGGCGCUCAAGGAGCCCAUCCACAUUCCCAAGUCCGCCACCACGAAGCACAAGGGUAGAAGGGAUGGUGAGGACCUGGACAGUCAGGGUGACGGAAGCAGUCAGCCUGACACCAUAUCCCUGGCCUCUCGCACUUCCCAGAACACCCUGGACAGCGACAAACUUUCUGGAGGUUGCGAGCUGACCGUGGUCAUCCACGACUUCGCGGCAGGGAAUAGCAAUGAGCUGACGGUGCGCCGCGGCCAGACUGUGGAGGUGCUGGAGCGGCCCCACGAGCGGCCCGACUGGUGCCUGGUGCGGACCACCGACCGCUCGCCCGCCCAGGAGGGCCUCGUGCCCUGUGCCAUGCUCUGCAUCGCCCACUCCCGCAGCAGCAUGGAGAUGGAGGGCAUCUUCAACCACAGAGACACCCUGUCGGUGUGCAGCAGCGACUCCCUGGUCCCCGGUUCAUCGGCCACGCUGCAGCCCAGCCAUAUCUCGGGCCCCCACAGUUCCCCGGGGCCCAAGCGGCCGGGCAACACGCUGCGCAAGUGGCUGACCAGCCCGGUGCGGCGGCUCAGCAGCGGCAAGGCUGACGGGCACGUCAAGAAGCUGGCACAGAAGCACAAGAAGAGCCGCGAUGUGCGCAAGAGCGCCGACGUUGGCUCACAGAAGGACUCUGACGACAGUGCUGCCACACCUCAGGAUGAGACCGUGGAGGAGAGAGUAAGGAGCGAGGGGCUCAGCAGUGGCACACUGUCCAAGUCGUCGUCGUCGGGGAUGCAGAGCUGUGGGGAGGAGGAGGGGGAGGAGGGGCCCGACUCGGUUCCCCUGCCACCCCCCAUGGCCAUCCAGCAGCACAGCCUGCUGCAGCCAGACUCCCAGGAUGACAAGACAUCCUCGCGACUCUCUGUACGCCCAAGCAGCUCCGAGACGCCCAGUGCUGCGGAAUUGGUCAGCGCCAUCGAGGAACUGGUCAAGAGCAAGAUGGCCCUGGAAGACCGGCCCAGCUCCCUCUCUGUGCAGCAAGCAGACAGCAGCAGCCCCUCCUUCAACCCUUCGGACAACUCUCUCCUGUCGUCUUCCUCGCCCAUCGACGAGAUGGAGGAGCGCAAGACCGGCUUCCUCAAGCGCCGACACUACGUCCUCCUAGAGCUUAUGGAGACUGAGAGGGACUACGUGAGAGACCUGGGGUUGGUGGUGGAGGGCUAUAUGGCCAGGAUGAGGGAAGAAGGAGUGCCAGAUGACAUGAAAGGGAAGGACAAGACCGUGUUUGGCAACAUCCACCAGAUCUACGAUUGGCACAAAGACUUGUUCCUCGGCGAGCUUGAGAAGUGUCUCGAGGACCCUGAUAGGCUGGCUCCACUGUUCCUCAAACAUGAGCGGCGCUGGCACAUGUACAUCGUCUACUGCCAGAACAAACCCAAGUCGGAGUUCAUCGUAUCAGAGUACAUCGAGACGUACUUUGAGGACCUCAAGCAGCGCCUGGGUCACCGGUUGCAGAUCACAGAUUUGCUGAUUAAGCCGGUUCAGAGAAUCAUGAAGUAUCAGCUUCUGCUGAAGGACUUCCUCAAAUUUUCCAAGAAAGCGGGUUUGGAUUCGCCGGAGAUGGAGAAAGCCGUGGAGGUCAUGUGCAUCAUACCCAAGAGGUGUAACGAUGUGAUGAACGUGGGGCGACUCCAGGGCUUUGAGGGGAAGAUCGUAGCACAAGGCUGCCUGCUCCUCCAGGACACCUUCUUGGUUUCGGACCAGGACGGCACACUCGUGUCCCGGAUGAAGGAGAGGCGGGUUUUCCUCUUCGAGCAAAUUGUCAUCUUUAGCGAACCCCUGGACAAGAAGAGGGGCUUCUCCAUGCCCAGCUUUCUCUACAAGAACAGCAUAAAGGUCAGCUGCCUGGGCCUGGAGGAGAAUGUGGACGGAGACCCCUGCAAGUUUGCGCUGACGUCGAAGGCAUCGAGCACCAGCAGCGACACAUUUGUCUUGCACUCGAGCCACCCGGGCGUGUGUCAGGUGUGGGUGCUGCAGAUCAGCCAGAUCCUGGAGAACCAGCGCGGCUAUCUCAACGGUACCCAGACCCUGACCUCACCCAUCGAGCACCAGAGGAAUCAUGUGGGCCCAGGUGUGGCAAGUGGGCCCAGCAGCAGUGGCGGUCCAGCAGGGGGCAGCGCCCCUGCCGGCUCACGCUGCCGGCCAUCCCGCAUCCCCCAGCCCUCGCGCCUGCCGCAGCCCCUCCGCCAUCACCCCCCCGAGCCCGAGGGGCCGGACAAGAUGUCAGGUACGUCUGGCCGCCACCCACCGUGUGCGCUGGGCGAGCCGGACCCCCGUGUGGAGAUUCCCCGCAUGAGGGUGCUGGAGAGCCCGCGGGGAGCCAAGCUGGCUGAGAGCGGCCCCAAGGACCCGCACGCGGACCCGCUGGGACCGGUCCCCAGGGCCGCCGUCAGCCCCCUAACUCUGAGUAAGCCUCGAGCUGGGGCGGCCAGCCCACUGGCCUCACCAAUGGCGGCCCCCGCUUUCGGGAAGGACGGCUUCCUCCCCGGCAGCCCGCAGAAAGGCGCCUCAUUCUGGAGCUCCGUGCCAGCCUCCCCCGCCAGCCGACCUGGCUCCUUCACCUUCCCUGGGGAGGGCGACUCGCUGGGCCGCCAAAGCCAGCGGCACUCCACGCACAGCAAGGAUGCAGAUCGCAUGAGCACCUGCUCCUCGGCCAGCGAGCAGUCCGUGCAAUCCACCCAGAGCAACGGGAGUGAAAGCAGCAGCAGCAGCAACAUGUCCACCAUGCUGGUAACGCAGGACUACGUGGCCGUGAAGGAGGAUGAGAUCAAUGUGCUCCAGGGUGAGGUGGUCCAGAUCCUGGCCAGCAACCAGCAGAGCAUGUUUCUGGUGUUCCGCGCCGCCAACGAGCAGAGCCCUGCCGCCGAGGGCUGGAUCCCCGGCUACGUACUGGGCCACACGUCCGCCGUCAUCCCCGACCUCCCCGACGGAACCAUCAAGAAGUCCUCGUCCUGGCACACCUCGCUGCGCAUCAGGAAGAAGGCAGAAAAACGAGACAAGGAACUGAAAAAGGAGGGAAAGCUCGAGAAUGGAUACAGGAAGUCCCGUGAAGGCCUGGCCAACAAAGUGUCUGUGAAGCUUCUGAAUCCCAAUUACAUCUAUGACGUGCCCCCCGAGGUCCUCCUCCCGCUGAGUGACGUCACAUGCGACAUCGGCGAGUGUGUCACUCUCCGCUGUAAGAUGUGUGGUCGCCCCAGGGCCACCGUCGCUUGGAAGGGACCAGAUCAGAACACGCUGACCAACAACGGCCACUUCAGCUUGGCUUACAGCGACACCGGCGAGGCGACACUCCGGAUCGUGGGCGUGUCCUCUGAGGACGACGGCACGUACACCUGCAUCGCCACCAACGACGUGGGCACCGUGUCGUCGUCUGCUAGCCUCAGAGUACUGGGCACGACUGGGGACGGACUGAAGGUCGCAUGGAAAGACAACUUUGAUUCCUUCUACACCGUGGUCUCUGAACUGGGCAGAGGCAGGUUCUCGGUAGUGAAGCGCUGCGACCAGAGAGGGAGCAAGCAAACGGUGGCAGCCAAGCUGGUCAACAAGAAGCUGAUGAAGCGCGACCAGGUGACCCAGGAGCUGAGCCUCCUGCACGGCCUGCAACACCCCCACCUGGUGCGGCUGCUGGACACCUUCGAGACGGCCGCCAGCUACGUCCUGGUCCUGGAGAUGGCCGACCAAGGCCGUCUGCUGGACUACAUCGUGAGCUGGGGCAACCUCACGGAGGAGAAGGUGGCCGCAUAUCUGCGGGAGAUUCUGGAAGCUUUGCACUACCUGCAUAACUGCAGAAUAGCGCACUUGGAUUUGAAGCCCGAGAACGUGCUCGUGGACCAGAGCGGGGGCCAGCCAGCGGUGAAGCUGGCAGACUUCGGCGACGCAGUGCGUCUGGGCUCCACCCGCUACGUGCAUCCGCUACUGGGCAGCCCCGAGUUCGCCGCCCCCGAGCUGGUCCUGGGCGAGCCAGCGGCGCUGGCCUCCGACGUCUGGAGUGUGGGCGUGCUGACCUACGUGCUGCUGAGCGGCGCCUCGCCCUUCCUGGACGAGAGCGCCGAAGAGACCUGCCUCAAUAUCUGCCGGCUAGACUUCAGCUUCCCCGAUGACUACUUCCAGGGCGUGAGCCAGGGCGCCCGCGACUUCGUGCGUCUCCUGCUGCGCAGUGAGCCCCCCCGGCGCCCCCCCACCUCCCUCUGCCUCCAGGAGCCCUGGCUGCAGCCGGGCCACGGGGCCGGCUCCCCCCACAUCGAUACCUCCCGUCUCAUCUCGUUUAUCGACCGGCGCAAGCACCAGAACGACGUACGGCCUGUCGGCAGCAUCAAGGCCUUCCUGCACAGCCGACUGCUGCCGGCAGUCUGACGGACCAAUGAAAAUAAAGAUCUCAUCCUCUUUCACUGACCAAUCGAAACCCACGGCCUCCUGCCGUGACUUGCGAAACCAGUGGAAGGUCAUUCCCAUGGAAACUUGAGUAUUCCCGUAGUUCACCAGUCCCUUGCUGCUGCCUGGUGCGGGAUCCCGUUACGGAUCUGGCGAAAAAGUGGGAAUAUUAUUCCACAGAUUUAGGCGAAACGUCUCUCCACGCAUCUGCUCGGAUGUGGAAUUUUUUCUAAACGGCGAUUUAGAUAGACCUAGCAUGGAGGACAAUGUUAUUCCCAGCCUCUCUCUUUCCCCUCUUUCCUUAGUCCUCUUUUUCAGAGUAUUCAAUUCAGGUUGCUUGGAUUGAGUAAUGGGAUUUUUAAGGGGAAAUUCCCUGUCUUGUGGUUGUGAGCAGGGCGGGAAACGCCCAGCGUGGCUAAUGCAGCCGUCAGCUGUCUGGCUUUUCAGGAGUGAAUUUAAAAAAGAUAAUUAAAGCAAAAAAAGUAAGUAAUUUUUAAAAGCUGCCUCACGGUCUUGGCCUGACAAGCAUCGCUUACAGAGUUUAGGUCGAGAUCAGCACCCGGAUUGUGGGUCCAGCGAACAGCCGCCGCUUGGGUGAAACCUUUCUGAUUCUGUUCAGAGCUCUUUUAAUUGCCUUGUUUAUUUAUUCUAAGGGAUCGUGAAAAUCAAUGCCACAAGUAACAAGAUUUUAAGUGCUGCAGCUCCAGCCUACGUAAAAAGGCAAAAAAAAGAAUAUCUUUUCUUUCUGCUUUUAUUAGAACAAGUGAUAUUGCUCGGACCUAAGAUAUUUGCGCCUUACUUUGUACAUACUGUCCCCGCCUCCCGUCCAGUACGUGGCUCGUCAUUGGAUGCCCUCGGGUCAGGAAGGACGCCGAGUGGCUGGGGGCCCCUCUGAGCGGCGGCGCAGACAGCGAAUCGGAUGGCGGAGCAACGAAGAGCGUUUACUGUAAAAUGCACUCGUUAUGUCAUGUUUUUAAUCUCAUCACGUGCAAUGUUGCGGCUUCAGCGUUUUAUUUAUGAAGACAUCUGUACCUGUAAUAAAUGUAUAGAAAAUGGCGCUUUUAGUGCCACUAGUUUUGCUGUUUUUCUGUUUGACGCCGUUUCCCUCCUUCAGUAUUAUCGCCCCGAGAGUCUGCGUGUGUCUGCUAGCGUGCGUCUGCUAGCGUGCGUGUGCCCGUGCGAGCAGCAGUAAUGCCUUUGUCUGAUUUCCAUAGAAACCCUUGCUUCCCCGAAUGCCAAAGUAUAAAGAGCUUUACAGAAACCCUUUCAUUUUUGUUUUAUGUUUUUGGCCUUUAAAUUAUGAAUUAUGAAUGGCAAUAUGACUCGGAAAGAGUGUUUACAUUUUGUUUUUUAUGGAUUUGUUUCGAUUAUUUUUAAAUUUUUUUUACGAUCACGAUGAGGUUUUCCAAACUAAUUACUGCAGCCACUGGCAGGUCAUUUGGACUUCAUUAGGGUGCCUGGGGGUGUGAGUGCAGUAUAUGUGGGUCUUGCUCCGUAACUGUGAUGGGAUUUCUCAGCGGACACAUGGGGGCGACGCCCUCCCUCACCUGCAGGCAUCUUCUCAGCGAGACGUCAGGAAGCUGCUUGCAGUUAAGUCACUGUAGUCUGUACACCUGCGGCCUUGGGUGGUUCUCCGGGAAAUCUCCGACCGGGAUCUGCCGGGCAUGGGGGGGCGGAGUACGGCCCGUGCCGCCACCCCCCUCCCCGAUUCUGUCCUCUUAUUUAUUCAUCAUUGUAAAGCUGUAUAUUAACUCGAGUGGGAGCUCAAGACAAAGUGCUUCUGCGCAUGUGUGUGUGCCAACCUCACCCAAGUUUUUUUUCCCCAUUUAAUCCUUUUUUUACGUUUGCAUGUGUAUUGUGCUGUACAGAAACCUCGUGUCUGCGCCACGUGCUGUAAAUAUUUUUGCCAUCAGUUGUUUUGAGAUUAAACAAGCACCAUGCUCUUC